AUGGUUUGGAAUUGCUUCAGUUGCAUUGGCGGUCACCACAAUAAAUCACAGAAAAGUAUGACAGACAACGUAGAUUAUCCAUGGGAAAUCUAUACUCUCAAGGAGCUUCUUCAAGCCACAAAUAACUUCAACAAAGAUAACAAAAUUGGUGAAGGAGGAUUUGGAAGUGUUUAUUGGGGUCGAACGAGUAAAGGCGUCGACAUAGCAGUGAAAAGACUGAAGGCCAUGACUGCAAAGGCAGAGAUGGAGUUUGCAGUUGAAGUGGAGAUUCUUGCUAGGGUUAGACAUGAAAAUCUUUUGGGUUUGAGAGGAUUUUAUGCCGGUGGAGAAGAAAGACUUAUUGUAUACGAUUACAUGCCAAAUCAUAGCUUGCUUUCCCAUUUACAUGGUCAAUUAGCUGAUCAAUGUCUUUUAGAUUGGCAACGAAGAGUAAGCAUCGCCAUUGGAGCAGCCAAAGGUUUAUCGUACUUACAUCACGAGGCAAGACCUCACAUAAUACACAGAGAUAUAAAGGCAAGUAAUGUUCUAUUGGACUCAGAUUUCGAAGCAAAAGUUGCUGAUUUUGGGUUCGCAAAGCUAAUACCAGAUGGAGUUUCUCAUUUAACCACAAGAGUUAAAGGGACUUUAGGAUAUUUAGCUCCUGAAUAUGCAAUGUGGGGAAAGGUUGCAGAAAGUUGUGACGUGUACAGCUUUGGAAUUUUAUUGUUGGAAAUUGUUAGUGGUCGAAAGCCCUUAGAAAAGCUUCCAAAUGGCACAAAACGAGAUAUUGUUCAAUGGGCCACUCCAUAUGCUCAAACCGAGGAUUUUGAUCACAUUGCUGAUCCACGAUUGAACCAAAAUUUUGAUGUUCAUGACUUGAAAUCUAUUGUCACCAUUGCCUUGAAAUGCACUGAUGCUAAUGCUGAGACUCGCCCUAGUAUGAAACAAGUCGUUACUUGGCUUAAGGAUGACUUGAGAACAAAGAAAGAUCUUCAGGAUCAAGAUCAACAUCAAGAUCAAGAUCAAGAUCAAGAUCAAGUUCAAGAUCAAGAUGAAGGUCAAGAAAAUUAUCAGAAGUAUCAUACAGAUUAUGAGGAGCUUGAGAAACAGCAAUUUGAUGAUGGUGGGAUAUGGAGGUGA